UUUUCCCUUACACACCUACUCAGAGUUCAAUUCACAGACACCAUUUGUCAAAAAAAAAAUGGAUUUUGUUCCAACAAAGUCCGUUGGGUUUAUUCUUGCUUUUUUACUUAUUACUUCCUUCACUGUUCUUGGCCAAAAUGAUGCUGGCAUUGUGGCUUCAGAAUUAGCUCCUCAUUCUUCUGUUAGCUCCCCACCUGUUGAAGCCCCUAAGCCUCAUAAAGGUGGCCACCACCACCACCAUAAACACCACUCCCAACCCCCUGCUUCUCCUCCCUCCCACUCAUCUCUACCACCAACUCCACCACCACAUUCUCCAAGUAAACCAUCAUCUCCACCAGCACAUUCACCUAGCAAAUCACCUUCUCCGCCAGUCAAACCACCUGCACAUUCUCCUAGUAAACCACCAACUCAUCCACCGGUUAAACCACCGUCUCCUCUUCCGGCCAGAAAGUUUGUAGGUGUGAGAGGAGUUGUUUACUGCAAAGCUUGCAAGUAUAGAGGGGUUGACACCCUCUUGGGAGCUUCUCCUAUCCAAGGAGCGGUAGUGAAGCUGGCAUGUAACAACACAAAGUACCACUUAACAAGUCUAGGCACAACAGACAAGAAUGGGUUCUUCUUUAUUCAACCAAAAUGGUUGACAACAGCAGGUUACCACAAGUGCAAGGUGUUCUUAGCAAAAUCACCAAAAGCAGAAUGCAGUGUUCCAACAAAUUUCCACAAUGGGCAAAGUGGAGCCAUGUUGAUCCCUGCACCUCCAUCUCCCAUGACAUUAUCAAAGCCAGCAGAGCCUGAAGUAAAGCUCUUUAAUGUGGGACCUUUUGCUUUUGAACCUUCAAAAAAUUUGCCCUGCAAAACUGUGUGAGAUAUUGAGUGGUCAUUGUGAGACUAUUGUACUACAUGGUUGGGAAGUGAGAAAAGCAAGAAGCUAGCUAGCUAGUAGUACUAGAUUAUUGGGAACUGAGAAGUGUGUUUGAGACUUUUAAUUCUUGUUUUAUGUAUUAAUUUUCUUGUUUUUGUGAAUUUUAAUGAUGAUUUAGUUGUUUGUACUA